AUUCUACACAAGCGGUAAAAAAUAUUCCAGAUGGCGCUAGUGCGAAGGUAUUUGAUGUUUCGUAAGGAAAGUAUCGGUUUAUAUCGUUGAAUAUAACGUUACGUGCUAUUGUUUAUUUUUAUAAAUAAAAAAAUGUCGAAGAGGGAAGAGCAAUUAGAAGACAGCGACGACGAAUACAUCGAUAAAGAUUAUCUGAAUUGUAAAAGAUUUAAAAAUUCCUUGGAUAGUGAUGAAGAAGAUGAUGAAGAGAAAUGCAAGAAGGAAGAUGUCCUUGAUCCUGAUGAAUUGGAAGGACAAGAAGAUGCUACUAUUGAUUAUGAUGAAGGAAUUAAGAUUACUCCCUUUAAUAUGGCCGAAGAAUUAGAAGAAGGUUAUUUUGAUAAGGAAGGAACUUUUAUUUUUAAAAAAGAGAACCAGAUUAAAGACAAUUGGCUAGAUAAUAUCGACUGGGUAAAGUUACUGACGGUCAACAAGUUGUCUGUCAGAGAAGCAGCAUCAACAUUGCCCAUUGCAGUUUCCCCAGCAACUGUAUGGAGAUGUAUGCAUAAUCAUAAAAAUGCCAAAUUUACCAAAAUGACUGCCAAACCGAAAUUAACACAAUUGCACAAAAUAGCUAGAUUAAAUCACUACUGGCAUGAUUUGAGGAAGAACGAAGAAGUCAGAAUGAGCAGACAGCAAGGUGGAGGAUCUGUGAUGGUGUGGACAGGAUUUGGAUGGGGAGGUAAAACAGAUAUUGUAUUCAUAGAAGGACAAGAAGAUGCUACUAUUGAUUAUGAUGAAGGAAUUAAGAUUACUCCCUUUAAUAUGGCCGAAGAAUUAGAAGAAGGUUAUUUUGAUAAGGAAGGAACUUUUAUUUUUAAAAAAGAGAACCAGAUUAAAGACAAUUGGAUAGAUAAUAUCGACUGGGUAAAGAACAUUUUUUUAAUUUUGAUAGAUGACGAAGUGAUGUGGGAAUUUAAGUGGGAAAACGAAGAAAAUGCCGCAAUUUACGGUCCGCAUCCGUCGUCGGAAAUGCUCCGUUGGGUGGAAGAAGGAUAUUUUGAAAAGGGAGUAUGGGUGAGAAAAGUGGGACAAAAUUCAGAUUUCUACAACUCACGAAGGAUUGACUUUGACCUGUAUGUCUAAAACGGCAUGUACAUUUUGUAAAUUAUAUCGAAUUGUUCGAUAAAAUCUUAAAGCAGGAAAACUUCUGGCAUAUUCCUUGUUUACAAUAAAAAACAUUUUUAAAUGUCAAAAAAUCAUUUAAUUUAUCUUAAUCAUAAAACGUUUUGUUCAUCAAAUAAUUUGUGUUGAUAAUUUCAUAUAUAAAUAUCAGGAAAAUCAUUUACAGAGAUGAAUUGAAGAUUUUUGUAUUCUGAUAACUAAAUACUCUCCUGUACUAUUUUAUGUAAACUGAUUAAAAGAAAAAGAUGGAAUACCUUAUAAUAUUUUUGUUGAUUCUUGUUAGAAAAUUAUGCAUCAACUAAAACAUGUAAAUGGAAUGAAAAUUCAACACUCCCAUUUUAUGAAACUAGUGCAAUGAGAAACCGGGGUAAAAAAACCACAGGAAUUUUUCGCAGUUAGUCUAUUCUGAACGUGUCGAGCCUCAGCUUUACUAUAGGUUUGGCCAAACUCGCAACAGAUAUGAUUGAUCCAUGAUGGCAUGUGGUAACGGUGAUAUUUUACCACAUUGACUUACUUAAACCU